GAGGAUAGAAAAGAAAUGGUGCACAUGAAAUUACCGAGGGAAAUUGUAAUUCUGCGUUCGAAGGCGUACGGCUUCUUCGUGAGGAUCGGUGAAUCGCGAUACACAACCGAAAUAGUCGACGGUGUUUUAAAAGCCAUCCGCUACACGUGUAGAGACGUUUGGGUUAGGCUGUCCGCACCAUUCUUGCUGUAUCUUUUCAUCGUACGUGCCAAUAGAGUAUACCACCUCCGCUGGAUUUUACGGUUCGGGUUUUAUGGUUAUAUUUAUUACGUCGGGCUUCUACGGGGCUCGAGGAACGUUUUCCCUGGGAGCGAUUGCGACAUAUUUGGAGUAAUAUGCAAAGGACUGGGUUGAAGAUAUCCUGAAUUAUACCCAAGAUAAGUUCUACUUACGGUGAAUUAGCAUAAAUAUAAUCGAAGUCAAAUAGGUCAAGAUUACAUUGAAUCGGUUAAGUCAGUCAGAUUAGUUUAACAAAUUGACCAAAGUAACGUAGCAGCAUGGAAAGUAGAGCAAACUACGGCGAUUUAACCAAAGAAAGUUGAAUAUCAAGCUCGUGAACAGAACAACUUUCGACCGAUAAACAGAAACCUUCAACUAUUUGGAGAAUGUUGCUGUAUUUUCGUAUACAAAUGUUCCUUCCUCGAGAUAACGAUCCCUUAUUGUAACUGCACAACCUAUUCAUAUUUUGAACUGCAAUAAAUUUCUUUAGAAGUACGUUUUGCAAUUAAUACACGGUCACCAGUUAUUCAGAUAAAGGAUAACAAAACU